ACCUCCAAAGCUGGCAGCACCGAGACAGGGAUGAGGCCUCGAAUGGUGCUUGAAUCCCAGGAAAGAGCAGUGAGUGGAGGCGGGAGGGCAGAGUGGAGGGAACAGGCCAGGAUUUAUGUGUCCGUCUCCUUUGACCCACACAGCUGCAUCUCAGCACGUGGACUUUUCCACACCAGGGGGGCCCCCACUCCAUUUCCGCCAAAACCUCCGCCCUUCCCUCCUUUUGUCUUCCUGUGGCCCCCUCCCUGUCCCCCCCUCUAUCCUCCCCACCACCCAACUCCCACCCCUGUCCCCUUAGGGGAGGGGCUGCUGCCCAGAGGCAGGAAUAGGCAUUUGGCAUGGGGUCAUCAGAGUUCUGGAGAAAAGUUUACGAACUUAGGACAUCCCAGCUGUAGGCUCAGAGAUGGAAGGUCGGGACCCAGUCCCCACCCAGCCUGCUUGGCCCCACACCCGCCUCGUGCCAGGCUCAGCGUGGGCCUGUCUUGCUUCACUGCAUACCUCUCGUUCCACAGCCAAGCCAGCCUAGCCUGGAGGGAUUGAGGAGGCACCUGAGGGGAGCUCAGGGGAGCCUGACACCGAGAGGGGGGCCAUGGGGUGGGGGAAUACACUUGGCCAAGUGAUGUGGUGCUGCCUGGGGGUAGCCUCCGUCCCCUGUCCCUGGAGACUGAGCCCCUGCUGUGCUUGCAGGAGAGCAGAGCUGCCCUGGCUUGGCCUAGGGGUAGGAAAUGAUACUGUCCACACCGGGACAGGUGCUUAGCCUUGGCUUGGGGUGGGGACCCGAAGGUUUUGAAUCCAUCGUAAUUAAUAGAGCUGAUGACAGUUCUGAUAACCGAGCAGCUUAGAUUACCCAUAGGAUCACAUUCUGGGCUUGUGGUUUAUCCUCCUCAGUGGCCCUUGGCAGUAAGAUCAAGCUCGGUGCCGAGAGUCAAAGAUCAGCACAACAAGGGGGGAAGCAACCCACUGGUGGCCUCAGCCCAGGCCUGCAGUACCCGGACCCGGGGUGGUCACCGAGGAGGGAGCGUUUCAACUUGCAGGAGCUUUUGAUCUGGGGUCACAGGCGAGGAAGCUGGUUCUAGCUCACAGAAGCAGAAACAAUCUCAGCACAGGGCUGACUGCACGCCUGGGUCCCUGGUAAAUGGUGGGUCUGGUUUGAUUCUGGGUUGGUUGGACUCCAGGGCAGUGGGUUUCUCCCAGAUACCCUGUUCCCUUAUCCAACCAUCAUCUUCCUUGGAGGAAGGAAACCCUGGGUCUUUUGUGUUUCUUUUUUCUUUUUAGAUUUUAUUUAUUCAUGAAAGAGAGAGGCAGAGACAUAGGCAGAGGGAGAAGCUGGCUCCAUGCAGGGAGCCCGAUGUGGGACCCCAGGAUCAUGCCCUGAGCCGAAGGCAGACAGACGCUCAAUCGCUGAGCCACCCAGCUGCCUGGUGCUCUAGGCUCAUUCCUCUGCCCGGACCUUCCGGGAAGCAAAGAGCCAGAGAGAGGGCCGGGGCCAGAAACCAAGAGAUAGACCUGAAGCCCAGACUGCCGCUGGCCCCCCUUUCUCUUCAGCUUGCCUGAGCAGUCCAGCUUAGCCGAAGCUUCUCAAGUUCCCCUGGGGCUCAGCCCCUCCCCUUCUCUGGGGCCCCAGGCGCCCCCCCAGGGCCCUGCAUCCCACCAUGUCGGUGGCUGUGGAGACCUUCGGCUUCUUCAUGGCAGCCCUGGGGUUGCUGAUGCUGGGGGUGACCCUGCCAAACAGCUACUGGCGAGUGUCCACCGUGCACGGGAGCGUCAUCACCACCAACACCAUCUUCGAGAACCUCUGGUUUAGCUGUGCCACCGACUCCCUAGGAGUCUACAGCUGCCGGGAGUUUCCGUCCUUGCUGGCUCUCUCUGAUCAGAAAUGGCCUUCAUCCUGUGACUCAUGGGCCAGUGCUGCCCCCUGCUGGUUGCUUCGGGAGAAAGCUCAGUUCAGGCUGCCCAGGGCUGUGCCAGGCACCAGGGUACCUCCAGGCCUGCCGGGCGCUCAUGAUCACCGCCAUCUUCCUGGGCUUCCUGGGCCUCUUCCUAGGCAUGGUGGGGCUGCGCUGCAUAAACAUUGGGGGCAUGGAGCUCUCCAGGAAGGCCAAGCUGGCGGCCACCGCAGGGGUCCUACACAUACUGGCUGGAUUCUGCGGGAUGGUGGCCAUCUCCUGGUACGCCUUCAACAUCACCCGGGAAUUCUUCGACCCUUUGUAUCCGGGGACCAAGUACGAGCUGGGCCCCGCCCUCUACCUGGGCUGGAGCGCCUCCCUUCUCGCCAUCCUGGGCGGCGUCUGCCUCGGCUCCGGCUGCUGCCGCGCUCCCGACGCGACCCCGGCCCCCAGGCUCCCCUACGAUGCCUCCGCGGCGCGGUCCCCCGGCCUCGUUGACCGCCUGCGCCCCGCGGCCUCGGACGAAGAAGGCGACAGCACCUUUGGCAAAUACGGGAAGAACGCUUACGUGUAGGACGCCGGUGGACCCCUUUCCCUUCGCCUUGCCGGGAGCCGAGCGAGGCCGCGCUGACCGCGGCUGCGGGCCACGCCCCGACUCCGCCCCGCGCCCGGAAGCCACGCCCAGCUCCGGCCACGCCCCCUCCGCCUCCCGCCGCGGCCACGCCCCCUCCGCCUCCCGCCGCGGCCACGCCCCCUCCGCCUGGCCAAGAUCCCGCCUCCUGAGAACUCAGCUCAGACUCCUGGGGCGGGACCUUCUGGGUCUGGGCGCUGGUUGGCUGAGGGGGCGGAGGCGUCCCCGACGGUUUGUAUUCUGUAUAAACACAUGCUUAAAUAAAUUUGUACUAUGAACUGUCCAGGGAUGGAGUGUGACAGGAAGUGGCUGGCCAAGCAAUGGGUGACUGGGGUGGCCCCCAGGGUCGUCUCAGUCUCUGGACCCCAGGCUGCACCUGUCCCUCUGUCACCUCUGGACUGUCUCAUCUGAAAAAGA